UGUGUUACCGCUGCAGUUUUGGAGCAGUCUUAUCGGGUUUUCUGUGGAUUAUGAGGAAACGCAGAGAAGUGACACCUGCAAGCUGUGAACUGCUAUCGGACGACUGUCACCAUGAAGGCCCUGGUAUUCCUGGCUUUGCUUGGAGCGGCAUUUGCUGCAUCCGAGGACAAUAAGAUUGUUGGAGGGUACGAGUGUCCCAGACACUCUGUUCCCUACCAGGUGUCUCUGAACGCUGGAUACCACUUCUGCGGUGGAUCCCUCAUCUCCAGCCAGUGGGUGGUGUCUGCUGCUCACUGCUACAAGUCCCGUAUCCAGGUCCGUCUUGGUGAGCACAACAUUGCUGUGAAUGAGGGCACAGAGCAGUGGAUUGACGGCGCCAAGAUGAUCAAGCACCCACAGUACAACAGCUACAACCUGGACAACGACAUCAUGCUGAUCAAACUGAGCCGCCCCGCCACCCUCAACAGCUACGUGCAGACCGUGGCCCUGCCUGCUCGCUGCCCCGUGGCCGAUGAGAACUGCCUGGUGUCCGGGUGGGGCAACACGUCCACCAACGGCGGUAAGCUGCAGUGCCUGAGACAGCCCAUCAUCGAUGACAGGAUCUGCAGGAACGCCUACCCCCACCUCUUCACUGAGAACAUGGUUUGCUCCGGAUUCAUGCACGGAGGUGCCAGCAGCUGCCAAGGAGACUCUGGCGGUCCUCUGGUGUGCAACGGUCAGCUGCAGGGAGUCGUGUCCUGGGGCUAUGACUGCGCCAUGGCGGGACACCCCAGCGUCUAUGCCCGUGUGUGCCGCUACAACAGCUGGAUCGCCACUGUCAUGCGCAACAACUGA